AUGAAGCUCAUUUUGCUAGCGGCGGCACUUUGCAGCCUCGUCAGUGCUCAGCAGGGUCCCUGGGUUCAGUGCGGCGGCAUCGGCCACACCGGCGGAACGACCUGCAUCUCGGGAUACUUCUGCCGAUACCAGAACGACUGGUACUCGCAAUGUGUGCCCGGAAACCCUCCAGACACCACGACUCCCGCGCAGCCUCCGUCAACCACUCUUCAAACCUCCACAACGUCGUCCGCAGGCGGUCCGGUCACGACAACCUCGACAGCUCCAGGUGGCGGUAGUAGCGGUACCGCUUGCCCCGCUCUCCCAACUGGCCUUGGAGCGUCUACUUCAGUCUUGCCCGACCCUUUCACUUUCCAGAACGGCGGGAAAGUCGCAUCAAAGGCAGACUGGGCUUGCAAGCAGGCCGAAAUCAGUUCCCAGCUCCAGCGUCUGGAGCUCGGGACCCUUCCACCCAAGCCGCAGUCCAUCACAGCCUCGUAUUCCGGAAAUAAGUUGACAAUCAACGUCUCGGACGGCGGAAAGUCCAUCUCCUUCGCCGUGACAAUCUCCAAGCCCAGUGGAAACAGCGUCCCAGCCAUUAUCGCUUACGGUGCAGCAAGCAUCCCCAUCCCCUCCACCGUCGCCACCAUCACCUUCAACAAUGACGAAAUCGCCCAACAGCAGGGUGGUGCCUCCCGAGGCAAGGGGAAGUUCUACGACCUCUACGGUAGUGGACACAGCGCAGGUGCCCUGAUGGCGUGGUCCUGGGCGGUCUCCCGAAUCAUUGACGCAUUGGAGUCCACGCCGUCUGUAGGCAUAGAUCCCACUCGCAUUGGUGUGACUGGAUGCUCUCGCAACGGCAAGGGAGCCAUGGUGGCCGGUGCUUUCGAUUCCCGGAUCGCCCUCACUCUUCCUCAAGAAUCAGGAGCUGGAGGAGCAGGGUGUUGGCGUAUUGCCGACUGGCAAAACCGCAACGGCUUUACCGUGCAGGACGCCAAGCAGAUUGUUGGCGAGAACCCAUGGUUCAGCCCUGCCUUCAAUCAGUACACGAACAACGUCAAUCAGCUGCCUUUCGACCACCAUAUGCUCGCGGGCCUCGUUGCCCCGAGAGCCAUAUAUAUCAUGGAAAAUCCGGACUUUGAGUGGCUCGGAACAAUGAGCACGUAUGGCUGCAUGGGAGGAGCCAGGAAACAGUGGCAGGCUCUAGGGUCUCUUGACACGUUUGGAUACAGCCAGGUUGGGGGCCAUAACCACUGCAGCUUUCCUAGCUCCCAGCAAAGCGAGCUCACGGCCUUCAUCAACAAGUUCCUCCUCAGACAGUCGGCCGGGUCGACGAGCAUCUAUCGAACGGAUAAGACCUAUAACAACUUCAAUGUAGAUAGCUGGUCGCCAUGGGCUGUUCCGGCAAUAGUUUAA